GAACCGGGUGCUGCCCGGGAGAGGGAGCAGCCGUAACCGGGCGGGCUGCUGUCGGCCCCCGCUGCCGUCAGGGCUUGUCAGCUGCUCCCACCCGGCAAUCGCAGUCUGAAAAUCCUGGCAGGUUCUUUUUUCUUUUGCUGAGCGGGAUUGACCUUUUAUCAAACCAUCCGGGAUUCGUUUUCUUUUCACCUUAUAAACCCGGAUGGUCCCUGCUUAAAAGAGGACAGCUGGGACUUGGAGGUUGGCUGGUAGGAGCUGGAACCGGGGUAUUGGAAUUGUGGUAGAGAGUGUGAGAUUCCUGGCGGUCCUCGCUGUUCUGCUGUCAGUCCCUCACUGUUACAACGUUUAUAUCACGAGCAGUGGAGAAUAGGAAAAGUAACAUGUUAAACCAACAUGUUCCAACAGUUAAUGAGGAAAACUUUGCUAAGCCUCCCACCUUAUUGCAGUUAGAAAUACUUUGUUGCUCCGUCCCUUAAAUGCUAUUUCAUUAUUUUUUAGGGUGCUAUAAAAGGAAAGUUGCAGGAGCUGGGGGCUUAUGUUGAAGGGAGUUACCUAUGGGCUGACACUCUGAACUCAGCAGGUGCCAAGGAACCGUGUUUGGAAUUUUCUCACUAUGAAGAGCUCCCUGAUUAUAUUAUGGUUAUGGUCGCCAAUAAGAAGAGUCAGGAGCAGAUGACAGAAGACCUUUCCCUUUUCCUUGGAAACAAUACUGUCAGGUUUACUGUCUGGCUCCAUGGUGUUUUGGAUAAGCUGCGAUCUGUGACUACUGAACCAACUAGUGUGAAGUCUUCAGAAUCCAAUAUCUUUGAGAGCAACCUUCCUUCUGGCAAAAGCAGUUCAUGUGUGAGUGAUGAGAGGAGGCGUGAGGAUAGCUUGCCACCUCUUGCAGUUUCCAGCACUCGGACUGAAAGAAAUGACUCAAGAGUUUCAACUAGCUCACAGGAACAAAGGAACACUGCUUCACGGCAGUCUUGUGAAGAUGGUUCUGCAUCCCGCUUAACAUCUACAGUCAAGCCUUUGAGGGAAUUGUCACCUUCUGAAGCUGUAAUUGACAUUAAACCUGAACCAGAUGAUCUAAUUGAUGAAGACCUAAACUUCGUGCAGGAGAAUCCUUUGUCACGGAAGAAACCUAUUGUAACUGUAACUUAUGGUUCUUCUCGUCCUUCUGCUGAGAUCUACCGACCACCAGCUAGCAGGGGUGCAGAUGGCAGUACACAUGUGCACAGAUUGUCACAGCAGGGCAACUUACAGGGGAGCCGGCAGUUAGACAUGCAAAGCUGCAGGUCUUUGGAAACAGGCCAGCAGUGCAAUCCAGAAGCAUUUGGCAGCUUAGCAGAGAGUUACAGACCCACCUCUAAACUUAGUGCUGAUAAAGUAGGCAGUGAGGAAGAAAGCUCCAGGAAGAGACGGUUGCCUGUUGUAAGCUCAGUCAUCAAAGUGAAAAAGUUCUGUAAUGAUGGGGAAGAUGAGGAGGAGGAGGAAGACUAUGGACUGAGAACAGGAAGCAUCUCUAGCAGUGUGUCUGUACCUGCAAAGCCAGAAAGAAGACCUUCAUUGCCACCUUCAAAACAGGCCAAUAAGAAUUUAAUACUGAAAGCAAUCUCUGAAGCACAGGAAUCAGUUACAAAAACAACCAAUUAUUCUACUGUUCCACAGAAACAGACUGUUCCAGUUGCACCAAGGACUCGAAUUAGCCCAGAAGAAUCUCAGUUAGAAGUAAUCCAUGUGCAAAACAGACUGCCUGCUCUGAGUUCUCAGCUUCAAGUAGAAGAGCCAAAGGAGCAGACAGUUGAAGGAAUUCAAGGAGCUGAACAAAAGGAGCUCUCUUCUCGGCUCCAGAUUGAUCCUGUAGUUGAAGAUACCUUACAAGUAACUCAAGAUUACUAUGAUGCAGAAUCUAUGGUCCAUACAGAUACUAGGUCAUUUAUCCUUAAGAAGCCCAAGCUAUCUGAGGAAAUGGUGCCGCAGAAUCAGCAACUGGGGAAGAGGGCUACAGAGGCAAUACGAGUACUCUCAGGGCGUCUAAUACAGACACGAGACCAGCUUGCACAGCCAGAGAAACCUGCUAGUCCCAAGUUCAUUGUGACACUGGAUGGUGUGCCUAGCCCACCAGGAUACCUUUCUGAUCAAGAAGAGGAAGAUAUGUGUAUAACUGAAGGAUUAAAGCCAGUUACCCAAAAUAUGUGUGCUGGCAAAGGAUUAAAAGGCCUUCGAGCACAGCAGAUGCAAAUUGUAACCAGACAGCUAGAGAGCUGUGAUGUGGAUAUGGAACAAUUAAAUAUGCUGCAAAAACAGGAGAAGGUGCUUGAGCGCUGCAAGUACUGGCCUGCCUGUAAAAAUGGAGAUGAAUGUGUGUACCAUCACCCCACGCUACCUUGCAAAGUUUUUCCCAACUGCAAAUUUGCUGAUAAAUGCUUGUUCAUCCAUCCGAACUGUAAAUACGAUGCAAAGUGCACUAAGCCAGACUGUCCUUACACUCAUGCCAGCCGACGAACACCCCAUCCACCUCCUAAACCAGCACCACUGCCCGCACCGUCUGUAUCCUCCAGUAGUCCGCUGUGCAAGUUUUUUCCUGCUUGUAAGAAAAUGGAAUGUCCAUUUUACCACCCAAAACAUUGCAGAUUUAAUACCCAGUGUACAAGGCCAGACUGCACUUUUUACCAUCCAACUAUUGCUGUACCUCCACGCCAUGCCCUGAAAUGGACUCGAACUCAAACCAGUGAAUGAUUAUGAUACAACUUGGGACUAAACCCUGCCUCCUUGGGACAGCAGCAGAAAGGAAGAUUGACCACCAGGGGCACAGGAUGUUGGAAAAAUUCAUGCAUUUUGAACUUUUAAUAUACAUUGUUUUCAUAAAAUGAGGUUGAUUGCAUACUUGAAAUGUCUCUAAUUUUCCAAGUUUGUAAGUUUGAGCAAUUUUACAUUUUUUUU